CUACCCUGGCCGCUUUCUUCAGGCUUGCUUGUUUGGUUUCUGUGUAUCCGUUUCUAAAGACAGCGGCCGUUUAGACUCAUCUGAAAAUCCGAGCUCUAUUUUUCAUCGGAGAGUGUGGAACGGGUUUGAAAACUAGUUCAUCAUGGCCGAGUAUUUGGCGUCGAUCUUCGGGACGGAGAAGGACAAGGUGAACUGUUCGUUCUACUUCAAGAUCGGUGCUUGUCGUCACGGGGAUCGUUGUUCUCGAAUCCACAAUAAGCCCACGUUCAGCCAGACCAUCGUACUCCAGAACUUGUACAUCAACCCGCAGAACUCUGCCAAAUCCGCUGAUGGAUCCCAUUUGGCCAAUGUCUCGGAUGAGGAGAUGCAGGAGCAUUAUGACAACUUCUUUGAAGAUGUUUUUGUGGAAGCUGAAGACAAAUAUGGAGAAGUCGAAGAGAUGAACGUGUGCGACAAUUUGGGGGAUCAUCUUGUUGGCAAUGUGUACAUCAAGUUCAGAACCGAAGACAUGGCCGCUCAGGCCGUUCAGGAUCUCAACAACCGUUGGUUUGGAGGCCGGCCGAUCUAUGCCGAGCUCAGUCCGGUCACUGACUUCCGAGAAGCUUGCUGCCGCCAAUAUGAGAUGGGAGAAUGCGUGCGCUCAGGAUUCUGCAACUUCAUGCACUUGAAGCCUAUUUCUCGCGAGCUGCGGCGCGACCUCUAUGGUCGCAACAGGCCAGGUGGUGGUAAACCUCGGCAUGCCCGAAGUCGCAGCCGUGAGCGUGGUGGGCGACGCUCGCGUUCGCGGGAGCGCGGAGGAGGCGGAGGGCGCAGAGGAGGUGGAGGAGGUGAUCGAGACCGUUCGGGACGCUAUUGAGAUGGUCAGCUUGUGUUUAGAGCACGAAUGGUGCGCCUUCCUUGAAUGUGUUUGUGUAUAAAACCGUUGUGAAUGAUUGAAUAAAAUGAGUAGCUUUAAAAGCUAGAAUGUCCGAUGACUUGUUUAUUGAUCCAAAACUUGAACUUCUGGUUCCAGA